AAUGCAGAGAAAGCUAGGGAGAAUGGACAAAAAAGAAAAAGAAGUUGAAGGAAAAAAAGUUAAAGUACGCUCAUCAGCACCCCCUUUUCCUUGUCUUUGCCCUUCUUUCCAUCUAAGCCCUUUGGCCCCUUUUCCACGUUAUCUUUCCCCUUUCAUAAAUUCUAGCAACCAUCUCUUUCUUCUUGCCCGGAUCAAUCUGUAAGACCAUUACCCUUUCUUCCUUGUAUGUUACUCAUCAUUGUUUAUAAGAUACAGAUUCUGCUAAUCUCAUGCAUAUAUAUAAGUUUGCUGCCUGUAGAUAGAUACUUCAGUUUUGGUUUUGUAACUUCUCCACUUGUUUCUACCCUUGUUUGAAGGUUCCAUUGUUUUCUUGUCACUCAUAAUUAUAAUCUUCUAUUAUUCAUAGCCAAUCUUUUUCCUGCAACAAUCACUUACCAUAGAAGGAGAAAAUAGAAACCAUGUUCAUAAUAUACUGCUCCUGAGUCCCAACUUCUAAGCUUCUCUUCUCUCAACAAUGACUUCUCUUGGCAACCCCAAAAGCUGGGUUCCAUACAUGAACAACAAAGACUGCUCUCAAGGGUUUUGCAGCUUGUAUUGUCCACAGUGGUGUUAUGUAAUCUACCCUCCUCCUCCUCCCUUUGAAUUUCCCGCUGAUGAUUCAAGUCCAAAUUUUUCUCCUCUAGUAAUCGCUGUCAUUGGGGUCUUGGCCAGUGCUUUUCUUCUUGUGAGUUACUACACCUUAAUAUCCAAGUACUGUGGCAGCAGAGAAUCUUCACAGAGCGAAGAUCACGAAGAAAACGCUGAAUUGGAAGAUGAUCACAACCCUUCGCUCCACGAGCCAUGGCAUGCUCCAACCAUUGGGUUAGACGAGGCUCUGAUUAAGUCCAUAACAGUUUGCAAGUACAAGAAAGGCGAUGGGUUGGUUGAGGUCACAGAUUGCUCUGUAUGUCUCAGCGAGUUUGAAGAUAAUGAAAGUGUGAGACUCUUGCCGAAAUGCAGCCAUGCUUUUCAUCUCCCUUGCAUUGACACGUGGCUCAAAUCUCACUCUACUUGCCCUCUGUGUCGUGCUAGCAUAUUCACCUUCAAUGCUGCAGCACUUCAUGUGGCUACCCCGGUCAUAGAAUUGGGCAUUGGAACUUCAGAAAACCAACAUGCAGAUGAACAUGUUGCUGUUACUACAAGGGACAGUGAUUUGGAUGCAGUGGAAGGAGAAGCCUCACACGGUGAAGCAGUUUCGAAGACUGCAUUGCGUGCUUUGAGUGAUCUAGGAAAUUUGAGAGGAAGGCACAGUGUGAUCGAGAUUAGAGAUGAAGAGUAUGAUUCCAUCAGAAGAACAGUUUCUAUGGAUCAUUCAUUUCAAAGGGGUAGUGGUCUUUCUGUGGCUGAUGUUCUCCAUUUGAAUCAAGAGCGUGAAGGAUGUUCCAAUGGGGCUGGCCCUUCAAAGUGUUCAAGAGGUGAAAGUAGCAAGUCUAGCCAUAGAAGAAGGGUUUUGCAUUAUGUUUUGAGUCCAAUUACAAUGAAGAGGUCAUUCUCUAGUGGAAGAUUCUCCCUUAGCAGAAAUGGCAGAGGAAGGCAAUGGGUUCUUCCUCUCUGAGCAAUACCUUUGCCUUAUUUUUGUUUUAUUAUGAUGAUGAUGAAGAUCAUGAGGUUUAACUAAAUUUUUGAGUGAAGAGCUUAUAUUGUGAAGUAUAAUUGAAUCCUUAUGUGGUGUUUUCAUCAGUGUGAUAUUAGUAGUAGCUGAAAUCAACACUCUUUUUUUCUUUUCAUGUAUAUCUUUUUGAGUUUGUAUUUUAAUCAGUAAAGAUUAACUGCUA